CAGCUGUUGACGGUAGUAAAGCCUCCACACUUACACACCCACACUCCCGCCGAGCUGUCAGUGAGUCACCCCCAGCUCCUCGCUUCAUCUCCGCGUCCCGUGCGCACCGCGGUGCUCUCCACUGUGCGUCCUAGCUAAGCGCACAUCAAACCCGCUCCGGAGCUCCGAGCAGGGCUGAAGCUGGACUGUUUGAACCCCGGACAGCAGGAGGAAAUAGGAAUAUGACUUCCAAAGCCACGGAGUGUCUGAAGCUGUCGGAGAGCCAGGUCAAAGUGCUGGAGCACUGUUUCAACAAAGUGACCAAGCACCCGGACAGGACGACGCUCACGCUGGUCGCUGCGGAGUGCGACCUGUCAGAGGAGGACACACUGAAAUGGUUCAAGCUACGUAAUGCACAGUGGCGGCAGUUGGAAGGUCUUCCAGCUGAAGGGGGAUCGGUGUUGGACUGAAGCUUUCUGACUACCAUCUAGACGCCUGAAGCUCUGCCUUGACCUGAUUUUAUCCGCCCAUCCUCUUCCUCAUGUCUUUCCCUCUCGUUUUUUUGUAUCUAUGAAGCUAUUUCAAGUAACGGAAUGUGAAGGUGUUUGUGUUGUUGCCAAUUAUUAUUGCCGUGUUUACUGAAAUAAACAUAUUGCCAUAA